AUGGUGUAUCGCGUUUACAUUCCUCCUCGUGAUGUGAAGAUUGACGUUGUGCCGAUUCCGAAAUCUGUCAAUCACGUCGAGCCAAAAGACUAUCGACCAAUUAGUGUUCUCCCAGCCAUCUCUAAAAUAUUCGAGAAAAUUCUGCUCGACCAGAUCUCUAGCUUUCUGGACUACCAUCAACUGCACUGCCGUGAUACGCAUAACAGUCCCAUUUGCUAUGGAUUUCUUAUGCAGUAUCAUUUCAAUCAACAUGACAUAUCUAUAAUAAACGGAAAGAGAAUACUGCAAAAAAACUCCGUUCCUGUGUAUUCCCACGUUACGCAGUUAUCGGAGUUGAAGGAAAACAAAAAAGCACAUUCAAACAUUUUCUCCCAGCAAACAUUAGAUGAUGGAUCUAUUUCCCACAGAAAACCAUUCUUGACCCUAUCGAACAACGUAAAGAAUCUACAGAAGAUAGCUCAACCAAAAACAACACUGCAUGCAACGCAACCACCCGGAAGAAACCAAAUAGAGGAUAUUACCGAUGAUUCCACCGGGAAUCCGACCUUUGGAUAUGAUGACGAGGAAAUCGAAGAAGCUGGAAAACUGCAAUCUCCGGUGUCAUCUGUGGGUGAUAUUGACCCAAAUGCUUCCUGUAAAGAUAGCACUAGUCUGUAUCGUCAAUGUGUGGAGCAACAGUGUGUAAUUGAACAGCUCCGACUUUCUUUGCAAGAAAAAGACAACAAUAUUAAAAUGUUGAAGCGCAAAUACGAUGAUCUUGACCACCAGUACCAACAACAUCCCGCAGAAAAAAUCACAAGAAAAAUGUUUAAUGAGGACCAAUGUAAGCUGCUAGCGGGAGAUGUUCGUGUGCCAAAAUGGUCAGAUGAUUCCAUCGCCAAAGGUUUAAGAGCCAGAUUACACAUGAGCAGAAGCGCGUACGAAAUGGAACGGAAGAAAUUGAAGUUACCAAGUGCGCGUACACUUAAUGAGAAAAUACAACAUCUGCAUUUCGAACCAGGUAUUCUAAAUGAAGAAUUUGAACUUAUGAGCACUAAAAUCCCGUUUAUGGAAAAGGAUGAUUUGGAUUGUGCCCUUGUGUUCGAUGAGAUGGCAAUUGCGCAAGGAAAGGAUUAUUGUCUAAACAACAAACAUUACUUUGGAGACAUAACUUUGCCGAAUCAUUCUGGAGCAGCCACACAUGUACUGAUGUUAAUGCUAGUGGGAAUACGGAGGAGAUGGAAGCAAAUAGUUGCGUAUCACUACACGGGUUCUUCUAUCGCUAACGGGUGUCUACGGGAUAUUAUCGUCGAUACAAUAAAGCGAUCUGAAACACUUGGCCUUCGAGUACACGCAGCCAUUAGUGAUUGUGGUAGUAACAAUAAGCGAUUGUGGAAUGAUUUGCAUAUCCAAUAUAGUGAACAUCAAGUAUUGUUCAAUAGACCGAUUAUUCACCCUUGCGAUAAAAGCCGAACGCUUGAAGUAAUUCCCGACUGUGUACAUGUUUUCAAGAAUUGUGUUCAAGGCUCGCUUAAAAACCAAAUCAUAGUCCUUCCUCUAGAUACAAUAAAGCAAUAUAGUUUAUGCUCGACCACAGCCAACAUGAUGCACAUUCGUGAUCUAGUGCUAUAUGAGGCAUCUAGUGGUCUUAAAAUGGCAACAGGACUCACGACUUCAGAUGUUGAUUUUAGUAGAUUGCAAAAUAACUUCGAUAAAAUGAAGGUACCAUAUACAGUAUAG